CACUAACGUUACUAUAAUUACAAUAGAAUGAACUACAGUAAUGCCAUGAAUGUACUAAUCAUUUGAAUCACGAUGAAAGUGCAUUUAAAAUAACUGCAAGUAGACGAAGUGUGAAAAAUAUCAUCUGUUUGGUAUAUUAGUUAAUUAAAUUCUUGAUAUGGCGGAUAGCGGUUCGUUUGUAGCUAAACCAGCACGAGGCUGGUUGCACCCGGAUGCUGUCCUUGCUAGUGACGGGAUCACGUACGCAGUCAGGUACAUUGGUUGCAUGGAGGUGUUAACAUCAAUGAAAAAACUUGAUUUUGAAACAAGAUCUCAAGUGGCCAAAGAGUGCAUCGCUCGCGUAUGUGCUGCUGCAGGUCUUCGUUCAGCAGAUAAGAAAAGACGAGUCAGCCAAGCAGCUGCUCGGGCCUUAGCAGCUAAACCUCGAAUGUCGCAUACAGGAGAGAAUGUAGCUCUCACUGUAUCUUCCAGAGCUAUAACCCUUGCUGCUCUGGAAGGUGGGGAAACCGUCGCCAGACAUGAAAUGCCCCGAGUAUCUUUUGCUUCUGGAGGUGAUUCAGAUUCCCUUGAUUUUGUGGCAUAUGUAGCAAAAUCAGCGCCACCUACAGAAUGGAGAGCCUGCUAUGUGUUGGAAUGUGGAGGAAGAUUGGCUCAAGAUGUUAUUGCAACUAUUGGACAAGCUUUUGAAUUACGUUUCAAGGAGUUCUUAACUAAACCUUCAUUACUGAACGUGAACGGAUCGCGGUCAUCGGGCAACGAGGCGAUAGCCACGGCGGCUGCGCUGGAAGACCGCGAGUAUUACAACGACUUGCCCGACAAGAUGCCCCCGGAACCCGAACCCGCGCCCGCGCCGCCGCCACACAGACACCCGCCGCCGCCACCGCUCGCCUCCCUUGCACCUAUCUCUUCUUGCGAGGAAAGUGUCCGUCACUACGUGAACCAAACACCCCCACCUCGGACCCCGCCCACCGCACUGCUGCCCAACCAUCAUACGGAUAUAUUUGACAUGCAACCGUUCACAGCGUCGCCAGUACCGCUUACUUCGAGUGUAUCUUCCUCAUCAUCAGCGGCAACAGAACCGCUAACAGUUGAGGCUCAAGCAGCACUGCUAGAGCGCGAGCCCUGGUACCACGGAUUAAUAUCUAGGAACACCGCCGAGAAGCUGGUGGUAGAGGACGGCGAGUUCCUGGUGCGCGAGAGUGCGGGCUCGCCCGGACAAUUCGUGCUCACCGGCUCCCGCCGCGGGGCGCACAAACAUCUCUUACUCGUCGACCCCAACGGCGUUGUUCGAACGAAAGAUAGGGUAUUUGAUAGUGUACCGCACCUGAUCAAAUACCACUGCACCAACGAGUUGCCGAUCGUAUCUGCUGACUCAGCGCUGCUGCUCCGUAAACCGGUGCUGCGUUCGGGAGCAUCCUGAGACGAGUUGAAAGGGAGGAAGUCGAGACGUAUGCGGAAAUGAACGCAGCAUCACCGACAACUCCCUAUAUUGUACCUAAUAAUCUCGAAUGAUAAAUUAAAAGCCUGCGCAGACAAUUGACUUUCAUCCAAAACAUUAUAGAUCUGCAGUCUAAAAAUUUUAUUUCUAUGCAGUAAAAUAGCAUAACAGACAAAUAAAAAAAAUUGCCUUUCGUGUGUGCAGGCCGUAAUAAAUAUCAGGGAAAAAGGAAUUGAAGAAUAUUCUUUUCUGUUCUUUAUAUUUAUGCGAUAUUUUCAUGCGUAUAAAUUAGAAUACAUUUCUUUAAUAAAAUA